CGCCCACUAAACCACACCCGCCAAAACUCAUCUUCAAUAUAAACCCUAAUCCCCCAAUCUCCCAAUCACUAACUCAUCAUUCUCAAUUUCUCGAUCUCUCAAUCUCUCUCAAUCUGUCAAUCUCUCUGUUCCAUAAAAUCAACAAGAUGAUGACGCCGGUGAAGAAACAUCUCGCAAUCAGACCAGUUGAGUUCUACGGCAACGGGCUUCCACGACCUCGUUUCUUCGAUAAUCCCAAGUUCAACUCUUGCCGUGUUGAUCCGCCACUCUCUGUGUUAGAUCCGCUUCUCACAUGGGCAAGAGACGCUCACUGGUCCAUGGGUGGUCUCAACUUCACUCGUCUCCGUCUCCAGGGCCGAAUCGAAGGAAACGUCAACAAGCUCCGUGCCCAGCUUGAGAAAUCUACCCCUGUGAAACUCGAAUCCGGAGUUUCUGAGAGGAAGAAGAAGAGAUCUGGUUCUGAAUCUCCUCCUCCGGCUCCCGUUAUUGUCAAACGAAGGAGAUACUUAGAUCUGAACGAUUCUGAUGACGAAGAGGAGGUCGGAUCUGAAGAUGAAGGUGUGGUUAGAAUCAGGAGAAAGCUCUCUGAUGAGUUUGAUAGAGUCGCUGAAGACAACAAUGCUCAAGUGGUGGUCAACGCCAACAAGAAAUCAAUUAAAUCGGAAUUGGUUGAGAAGAUUUUGAAGAAGAAGAAGACUGAGAAAGUGAACAAGACGAGUUCAACGAGGACAUCACCAAGAUUGGCUAAGCGUAGAUCCUAAUUUGUUUUCGUAUUAGUCCCCUCUUAAAUCUCUAUGUAGGGUUUAGAUUUGAAGAGUGUAGUCUUUUUUUUUUUUGUAUUUGUGCUUAUAAAUAUGAACUCUGCUUUUCUAUGAAUUUAAACCAAGGAACCAGAUUGAAUGUAUCAAAUUGAUUCUUUGUAUACAACAAAAUUUGAGAAUCAAAA